AUGCAGAGACAAAAUCGUCACUUUUACCGCAUCAAAUAUGAAGAGUUUAUUGAUUGUUUCCAUUUGCGCUAUUCUGUUGCAGGUCGCUCUCAUCGUGAUUGUGAUGCUGGUGAUUUGCUUGUGAACAAGUUGUGGAGGCAGGAGAACAUCGACACUCGUGUGAGUAGUUUUGCUGGAUUUGAUCAAAUUUACAAACCUUAUAAGAGUUACCAAUCUUCCUCUGAAAGUUGCUUUGGUCUGGAAAAAUAUGAAAUAAAGCAGUUGGAAUUAAAUGUCACACGGUGUGGACACAUGGACAAAGGUGACAAACACCUGCAAACAAAUGCACUUGCAUUGUCGCCGCAGAAUGAAUGUGCAGCAAGGGUCUUGGCAUGCCGUGAAAGGAAUCUCACGAAAUGUAACCGUCAUAUCUUACGCAGAUGGAAAGGCUUCUCUUCUUGGUACUUUCUUCUCACCGAGUCAUCAUCUCCAUUCCAGUUUUGCAAGCGUGUUGAUGAGAUGUCCCCACUUCACUAUUGUAGUGGUGGUUUGGAAUGGAUUAACGCUCUCUAUGAGAAUUCAUUUAUUUCAACUUUGCUUGAAAUGGCUUGCAAAAGAAUACCAUAUCAAUUAUCGGUUGUAACGACAACCUAA